AUGUCGACAGAGACAGAAACAGCAGACCAGGCGCCCGUCGUCUCCGACCUCCCCUCCGGCGACCCGAUCGUCCCUCCUCCCGCGCCGGCCGCCGCAUCCUCAAAACAGCCUCAACCGCGCCCGCCCCAGGUGCCCCUGCGCGUCCUCCUCGCCCUCUCCCCCUCCAACGUCGACGCCUUCGUCGCCCACCUCACCCGCUGCUUGGCGACCCCCUCCGGCAUCGACGCCGUCCUCUGCUUCCUCUGCUACACCUCCCGCUUCUCCGCCUCCGCCCUCGAGUCCCUCUACACCUCCUCCCUGCGCCGCUCCGCCCGCCGCCUCGUCUCCCUCGCCUUCUCCCUCCCCAAGGACGCCACCAUCCUCCUCUCCACCGCGCCCCCGUCCUCCCCCGCCGCCUCCCUCGCCCAGCAGACCGCCGGCCACCUCCGCGCCCUCGCGACCCUCACCUCCGAGGCCCGCACAAUCACCCGCCUCUGGGCCCUGCUGCCCAUGUACCUCUGGCUCCGCCGCCUCAUGAAGACCUCCUUCACCACAAAGACCGCAGACGAGAAGGCCAAAGACGAGGCUUCCGGCGCCGCCCUCGACCGCCUCAUCUCCUGGUUCCAGGUCACCGUCUGCAUCCUCCUCCAGUCCCUCGAGAGCGCCUCCUACCUCGCCUCCAAGGGCGUCCUGCCCAUGUCCCCCGCGCGCCAGGGCUUCGCCGCCCGCUGGAGCGUGCGCUUCUGGUCCUGCUACGUCGGCAGCGAGCUCGGCCGCCUGGCGGUCGAGUACCUGCGCCGCAGAAAGGCCCUGCGCGAGGGCAAGGUCGACGUCGCGAGCGCCGAGUACCAGGACGAGCUCGGCGUGUGGUCGCGCACCCUCGCGAGGCAGGCCGCGUGGUUCCCGCUCACGGUGCACUGGAGCAUGGACAAGGGCUUCGUGCCGGAGAUGGGUAUUGGGUUGCUGGGGAGCAUCCCUGGUAUCGUGCAGAUGCGGCAGCUAUGGAAGGAGACUGCGAACGCGUAA